AUGCCUCCCCGACAGAACCUGAACUUCACCACCGCCACUGCUGCUAUUGCCAGAGAGCGUGCUGGUCGUCGUGGCUCUCGUCCUGCCCCGCGUCAUCAACGUCCUCAAGGUGGAGAUGAUCGUCUGGAUGUGUACGAAGCCAUCUUGCUCGCUCCUGGCGAGAAGAAAAUUGAUGUCGAGUCCGACCCUCGAGUCCCCGAUACUGCCGUGUUCACUUUCCACAAGGAAGACCACACCCUUGGGAAUCUGCUGCGCUCCCGCCUCCUCAAGACCCCUCACGUCCUCUUCGCGGCGUACCGGGUCCCCCACCCUCUGACGCCCGACUUCGUGUUGCGCGUGCAAACUGAUGGCGAAGUCACCCCUCGUGAGGUAGUCAUCAACGCCUGCCACGCUUUGAUCCGGGACUACGGCAUCUUGUCUCGCGAGUUUACGAAGGAAUUUGAGCUUCGCAAGAUGGCCAACGCUGCGAACCAGCAGCAGCAGACCUCGGCCGAUUGA